AUGGAAACCGAAACGAAAACGAGUGCCGCUUUUCGAUUUCUCCAAAAAUUGCCAAUUCGUUUAACUUUGGAUAACAAUGAGAAAAUUAAAAAACGAGGAAAAUCGAAAAAAACAAAUAAGUAAGUAGGGGUUGUUCCGGGGUCCAAACUCCACCUAAAAACAAUCAAAUAUUGAUAAGACCAAAAAAAGAACCAACUGAUAAAAAGUUUCGUCAUUUUUUCUUCUAAUAAUGCCCAGACGUGACGAACCACUGUGUCUUGACGAUUUUCUCAGCAGGUUUUGAUCUGAUAUUUUCCUGCGAAGUUUUUUUAACGGAACUUUUUUGUAGGAAACUUGCGGAGAGAACACAUAUUUUGGAAUGUGCCAACAAUCAUUCGGAAAGUGAGGAGGAAGAAGAGGAAGAAGUUUUAGUGGAGAAGAAAAAUGUGGAUAUUUAUGGGGAGGUUGGAAAUCGCGCGCCGAAUGAGUUUGAGAAGGUUGGUGGAACUUUUAGGAGAUAUUUUUGAUCUACCAGAUUUUGGGAGCACAAUUUUGGUAUUGAAUAGUUUUUGGAUUAUUUUUAAGUUAUGAAAAAUUAUGAUUUGGGAAAGUUUUUAUGCUUCAAAAUGUUAAGAAAUAUUCAGAACUCCCCUAGAAAAAUUUUAAGUCCUUAUUUUUUUCCAGAUCGAUAAACUAACAACACUUUCUGUAUAUUUUGCCUGGUUUAUGCUUUUCGUCUUUGCUCAUAUUCGAGAAUAUGUGACACGUUUUGGAUUCGUCAAAGAUCUUUCAAGCAAAGAAAAUAAGAAAAUGAAGGUCAGUCUGGUUGGGAAACUUCACAAAUCACACUAUUCUAUAGUACAAUCUUUUCCGUUUUCUUAUCAAAAAACACACAAAAUAUUGUAUUGUCAAAAAAUCGUUCGAUUUUUGCAGAAUUUCGUGCCAUUGUUCAGUGAUUUCGAAGCAUUUUAUCAAAGAAAUUGUUAUAUAAAAGUGCGCGAUGUUUUCGAGCGACCAAUCUGUAGUGUUCCUGGAGCAACUGUAAAUCUUGUCGAUAGAGUUUCACAUGAUGGAAAUUGGACAUAUGAAUAUCCGGGAACAAAAACCAAUGUGAUAAAUGUUGGAUCGUACAAUUAUUUAGGAUUUGCACAAUCUUCUGGACCAUGCGCAGAUGCUUCUGCAAAAAGUAUUGAUGAAGAAGGAUUAUCGUGUUGCACAACAGUUCAUGAAAGUGGACGAAGUGUUUCGCAAGCAAAAUUGGAGAGUUUAGUUGCCGAAUUUCUUGGAGUCGAAGAUGCUAUUUGUUUUUCAAUGGGUUUUGCAACAAAUUCUAUGAAUGCUCCAUGCUUGGUUGACAAACAUUCUUUGAUUAUUUCUGAUAAAUACAAUCAUGCUUCUUUGAUUCUUGGAUGUCGAUUAUCCGGAGCUUCGACCAAGGUUUUCGAGCAUAAUGGUGAGUUUUUCGAUGAAGCAUUUUAUGUUGAAAAAAUUAUCAAUUUACCCAAGAUUUUAUACGUUUCAGUGGCUAAUCUUUUCUUCGGAGAAAAAUAUUAUCGAUGAUUUUUUUUUUCGAAAUACUAGAUAAUAUUUUUGAGGUUCUGAAUUUCAGUUGCCAAAUUCGAAAAAUGUUUGCUAUAAUUUUCAAUGAUCAAAGUCUUUUCCAGACAUGGAUUCACUUGAAAGAAUUCUCCGUGACGCAAUCGCUUAUGGUAACCCAAAAACCCAUCGGCCGUACAAAAAGAUUCUAAUCAUCGUCGAAGGAAUCUACUCAAUGGAAGGAUCAAUCUGUAAUUUGCCUGGAAUCAUUGCUCUCAAGAAAAAAUACAAGGCUUAUCUCUAUUUGGAUGAAGCUCAUUCAAUUGGAGCAAUGGGAAAAACUGGAAAAGGAGUUGUUGAAUAUUGGGGUUGUGACCCGAAAGAUGUUGAUAUUUUGAUGGGAACAUUUACCAAAUCAUUCGGAGCUGCUGGUGGAUAUAUUGCUGGUUCGAAAAGAACUAUUGAUCAUUUACGUGUUGCUUCACCAACUGGUUAUUAUUCUUCGCCAAUGUCUCCACCAAUCGCGCAACAAAUUUAUACAUCAAUGAGUAUUAUUAUGGGAAAAGAUGGAACAAAUGAUGGAGCAUCGCGAAUUGAAAGAUUGGCUAGAAAUUCGCAUUAUUUCCGAAUGAAACUCAAACAAAAUGGAUUUAUUGUAUAUGGAAGUAAUGAUUCGCCAGUUGUUCCAAUGUUGAUUUAUUAUCCAACAAUGUGCGGUUUUUAUGGUCGAGAAAUGUUGAAAAAACGAAUUGGAUGUGUUGUUGUAUCAUUCCCAGCUACACAUAUGACAGAAGGACGUGUACGAUUCUGUAUUUCGGCUGCUCAUACAAAAGAACAACUUGAUUAUGUUCUAGAGGCUGUUGAUGAACUUGGAUCAAUUAGUCGAUCGAAGUUCUCGAAACAAUCACAUGUGUAUAAAAAUGCGAAAAUUGAAUGGUGA